CGCGCCGAGGCCGAUGGUGCGCCGGGGAUCCCCCCUCCCCUCCCUUGUGGCGUUGAUUGGCACCCCCGAGCCCGCGCAGCAGCCAAUGAGCGUCUUUCGGGGGCGGCGCUUGACGCCUUGACUUGAGCCUGGCCACCGAGGGGACUCCAGAGCCGCGCGGGGCCGUCCAGGAGAAGGAAGGGAGGAAGGCAGGCAGGAGGCGGCAGCCUGCGGGCUGCCCAGCGGAGCCGGGCGAGGCAAGGAGGAGGAGGAGGAGGAGGCUGGGCUUCGGAGCGCCCCUUUCUCCCAUGCAUGGCGGGCGGAGGACUCUGAAGGACGUCGGGGGCUCGAUCUGGGCGACUCCGGACCCGCCCGCUCCCGCCCUCCCUCCCGCCGGGGCGGCGUCCUUGAUGGGCAACCAACUGGACCGCAUCACCCACUUGAACUACAGCGAGCUGCCGACGGGGGACCCUUCGGGCAUCGAGCAGGACGAGCUCCGCGUGGGCGUGGCCUACUUCUUCUCGGAUGAGGAGGAGGUGGACCUGGACGAGCGCGGAGGAGGAGGAGGGGGCGGCGGCGGCGGCGUGGGGGUCCCGCCCGAGGCCACCAAGUACAGCGGCGGGAGGGGCGCCGGAAGCCCCGCCCCGGAGACCCCCGUCCAUCACCACCACCACCACCACCACUUGCACCUGCACCACCCGGGGACUCCCCCUCCGCCGCUGCUGCUGAGCGAGCCCCAGUUCCGCGCCUUCCGCGGCCCGGAAUGUAUCUUCUCCAAAGGCAGCGGUGUGGGGGCGCUGGGGGUGUACCCGGCGUCGGCGCUGCCUGCGCUGUGCGAGGCGGGGGACCUGCUGGAGCUGCUGGACCUGGGCGGUGCGGAGCCUCCGUCGUGGCCGCCGCGCUGGGCCGUCUACGUGGGCGGUGGGCAGGUGGUGCAGCUCCGCGGGGGGCAGAUCCGGCAGGAGGGGCUGCGCGAGGGCGGGGGCGGGCUGGCCGGGCGCGUGGUGAGUGACUGGUACCGCUUCCGCCCGCUCGGCGCCGAGCUGGUGGUGCAGAACGCGCGCGGGCACCUCGGCCUCAAGAGCCCCGAGAUCUGCUGGACGAACUCGGAGAGCUUCGCCGCCUGGUGCCGCUUCGGCAAGCGGGAGUUCAAGGCCGGCGGGGAGGGCGCCCCCGGGGCAGGCGGCGGAGGGUGUCCCAGGCAGCAGUACUACCUCCAGAGCCGCUUAGCCGACGGCGAGGCCCGCACGGCCCGCUUCCACAGCCUGGAGGAGCUCAUCCGCGAGAAGCGGCGCCUCGACGCCUCCGCCCGGCUCAGGGCCCUCCAGGGGAUGGACAUCGGCGACGACAGCGGCAAAGAAUAACCAGAACCAGCAUCAUUGCGAUGAUGAUGAUGAUACAAAAAGAGGGGUGGGACAACCCCGGCCACUGAGGCCCGCGCGCACUCGACUUGGGUCGCCCUUCCCUGCCAUUGGAGGGGAACUCCGCAGCAGCACUGGUCGCCAUGGCAACCGAGUUGGGCCCUCCCAGUCCCCGCCUCACUUUGGCCUGCGCUGACAGUAGAUACACAAAGUGGGAAAUAGGGAGCCCAGGACUGAGAAGAGGAGGAUAAAAGGAGGAAAGAGAUGAGGGAGAAGUGUGGUUAGCUAAACCUGUGGACGUUCAGGUCCUUCCUGGCUAUGUGUUGAUCGUACCUCCUUCCUUCCUGGCUUGUGCUUAAUAAUAAAACAAAACAAUCCAA